GGAAGGUGGGCAUCAAUUGAAAAAAAGAUGGGCGUGGCUAAAAGGUUGUUCCUCUCGUGGCUGCUGGCGCUAGAGCUGGUGAGUCUAGAGGCCAAGAGAGACGUCAGGAAACUCGUCUUUGACGAUGACGGCCGGUUUCAAGAUUGCGCAGUUUGCAGAUCUGCACUUUGGGGAGGCGGAGGACACGUUAUGGGGACCGCUGCAGGACGUGAACUCGACGAGAGUGAUGGAGCGUGUGUUGGCAUGGGAGAGCCCCAAACUGGUGGUCUACUCUGGAGACCAGGUGACUGGAGAGAACAUCAACAGUAAUGCGACAGCCUACUGGGGCAGGCUCCUCCAGCCAUGUGUGAGCACUGACACUCCAUGGGCCACUGUCUUCGGCAAUCACGAUGAUAGGAGUGUCAGUGGAGGGACACGGAUAGAUCUUUUGACGUUUGACAAAAGUUUCAAUCUCUCCCUCUCACAGUUUGGGCCUAGCGAUGUACAUGGCCUUACCAACUACUAUCUUCUGCUGUACUCCAACGAUAAAGCCACUAUUCCUUUGUGGGUGAUCUAUUUUCUGGACAGCGGAGGAGGGACUUACCCCGAACUGGUCUACCCCGAUCAGAUUACCUGGUUCAACAAGACAGCUAGUGACAUCACACAUACCUACGGUCCUAUUCCAGCUCUCGCAUUCUUCCAUAUCCCCAGGUUUGCUUCUCUAAUCCUCCCCUCCCCAACCUCCCCUCCCUCUCUCUUCAGUCAAUCCCGAUGUUCCUUCUGUGGUUAAAAAAGGUCUUUUGUCAGUGCUGGCCCGCCACGGAGUGGUGUGGGUCUCAGUUGGUCAUGACCACGGCAACGACUGGUGUUGUCCCAGUUCAGCUGGACCCACUGUCUGCUACGGCAGACACACCGGAUAUGGAGGAUAUGGAAGGUGGGCCAGAGGUUCUAGACUGACAGUAUUGAAGAGAGACAGUUUGACUGUGGACACAUACGUCAGGAUGGAGAAUGGCAGUAUUAUCGACGGAAACAACAAACACAUUAACAAAACAGCACCACUUUUAAAUAAUUUCCCCCUCAGUGUGUUAUAAUGUUUGGUGACAGAAAGUUAAAACAAUCCAUGGAAAUAAUGGCAAAAGAACGACAGCUAGCAAAAUGUUGAAUAAUAUCGUAGAAACCACGCAUAAAGACAAACGAUUCUUACGUGCACAGCUAGUCUUGUGCCGUGGGAAAUUUGAAAAUCAUUAUUUCUGAGGAUUCAGCAAAGCAGUAAGCUUGUGUACAAUACAGAGAGAUGAUUGUAAGUGUGUGUGUGUUAGAGUCACUGAGAGAGCUCAUUGGCCUCAAACUUGGCUUGGUCAUACAUCUGUGCCUUGA